GCCAGCUGAUGCGGCGCUCACGCAAGAGCGAGAGAACAAGCCAAGUGCGUGGGUGGGGCUAGAAUGAGACGGGGGUGUGUCUGCUGUGCCGGAGGCGUGUCUUCGUGGCGCCGGAGCUGGCGCUCUUCGCUUUCUUGUCCUACUCGACACAUUCGCCACAGCCACCUCUUCUGUCCCUCUCCAGGCUUCACGCUGCAUACUUUUCCCUUUUUGUCCAUUCUUCCUGUUUCCCCCACCGCCUUGCGUUUCUCUCUAGCGUCCGCUGCUUUCCGUUUAGCGGAGCGUCCGUGACGAAAGUGCGUCUUCGGAUGGCCUCCGCAGGUCUGGCGACAACGUGCGCCGGGGCGGGGACGCGCGCUCGGACUCCCGGGCGACGACGUCGACGUCAACGUCAAACGAGGAGGAGGCGGCGGCGACGGGGGCGGCGGCGGGAGGCGGCGGAGGCGACGGAGACGACGUCGUGGUGGCCGCUCGCGCUCGGGCUCCGCGUCGGGCUCGCCGUUGGACUCGGGGAGGCCGGGGACCGCGUCGGGCGCUCGGGACGCGUGAGGCGCCGGGGCCGGGGCCAUGGGCCGGCGGGGGCUGGGCCCGGGGCCCCGCUGAGCGCGAGCCGAGCCCGUGCUGGCCAUGGCGGGCGUGCCCCCGGCUGCUGAGGCCGCCGGCGCCGCGCUGGGCCCGGCCCAGCAGGAGGCGCCGGCCCCGGCUCCGGAGCAGGCCCCGGCCGGCGCUGGGGACGCCGCCGCCGCCGGGCUCAAGGCCGCCGCCAAACGCGUCACCUUCCCCUCGGACGAGGACAUCGUGUCCGGAGCCGUGGAGCCCAAGGACCCCUGGAGACACGCCCAGAACGUGACAGUGGAGGAAAUCAUUGGCGCUUACCAGCAAGCCUGCCACAAACUCAACUGCAAGCAGAUCCCCAAGCUCGUCAAGCAGAUCCAGGAAUUUACUGACUUGGCACACCGGAUCGACUGCCUUGAUCUGAAAGGAGAGAAGCUGGAUUACAAGGCCUGUGAGGCCCUGGAAGAAAUCUUCAAACGGUUGCAGUUCAAGGUGGUGGACUUGGAGCAGACAAGCCUGGAUGAGGAUGGGGCUUCUGCACUGUUCGACAUGAUAGAAUACUAUGAGUCGGCCACCCAUCUCAACAUCUCCUUCAAUAAGCACAUCGGCACAAGGGGCUGGCAGGCUGCUGCUCACAUGAUGCGGAAGACAAACUGCCUGCAGUACCUGGAUGCCCACAACACCCCCCUGCUGGACCACUCGGCCCCCUUUGUGGCUCGGGCGCUGCGUAUAAGCAGCAGCCUCACGGUGCUGCACCUGGAGAACGCUAGCUUGUCCGGGCGACCCCUUGUGCUUCUUGCCACCGCCCUCAAGAUGAAUAUGAACCUUCGGGAGCUGUACCUUGCCGACAACAAACUGAAUGGGCUUCAGGACUCAGCCCAGCUCGGGAACCUUCUCAAGUUCAACUGCUCCAUCCAGAUCCUGGACCUUCGGAACAACCACAUUCUGGACUCAGGUCUGGCCUACAUCUGUGAGGGCCUGAAGGAGCAGAGGAAGGGGCUGGCCACCCUCGUCCUUUGGAACAAUCAGCUGACACACACUGGCAUGGCGUUCCUGGGCAUGACACUGCCCCACACUCAGAGCCUGGAAACUCUGAAUCUGGGCCAUAACCCUAUUGGAAAUGAGGGUGUCCGGAACCUCAAAAAUGGGCUGAUCGGAAACCGCAGUGUCCUGCGCCUGGGACUGGCCUCCACAAAGCUGACAUGCGAGGGAGCCGUGGCAGUAGCAGAAUUCAUUGCCGAGAGCCCUCGCCUGCUCCGGCUGGACCUUCGGGAGAACGAAAUCAAGACUGGGGGGCUGAUGGCCCUGUCCUUGGCCCUCAAGGUCAACCAGUCGCUGCUGCGUCUUGAUUUGGACCGGGAGCCCAAGAAGGAGGCAGUAAAAAGCUUUAUCGAGACCCAGAAAGCCCUGCUGGCGGAGAUCCAGAAUGGGUGCAAGCGCAACUUUGUCCUGGCCCGGGAGGAGGAGGAGAAGGAACAGCAGCUGCAGCUCUCGGCCUCCAUGCCCGAGAUCACGGUCACCGAGGCCGCCCAGGAGGAGGAGGUCACGGUGCUGGGAGAGCCAGCCGACGAGGCCCAGGAGAACGGGCACUUGGGAGAGGCCAGGCCCGAGGCUCCCAGGCCGGCCGAGGACUCGGACUCUGACACCGAGGAGGAGGAGGAGGAUGAGGACGAUGGGGGCCAAGAGCACGAGGCAACACGGAGCCCCGAGGUUCAGCUUUCUACCAUUGCUGGGAACUCCCUGAGCUCCAGGGCUAGGACCCCUCCGGGCAGCCCGGCCCCCUCAGCCCCAGAGGCUCCUCUGGAGAGUCCCAGCGGGCCCAGGCCAGAGCUGCCAGGCGCCGAGAAACGCAUCUCGGUGUCCAGCCCUGGCCGAGGACACAAGGUAUUCGUGGUGACUCGGGUAGAAAGCCCCCCCGAAAAGGCGGGCGAGGCCCUGGCCCUGCAGACUGAGGCCCCGACCAACAGGUCAGGGGCCGGCCUUGGCCCUCCGGACCUACCACUGCCCAAUGGGCUGAAGCCAGAGUUUGCUCAUGCACUGCCCGAUUCCCCUGCCGGCCACGGAGGACCAGAGGGCAAGGGUGGCGGCUGUGGCCUAGAACAUGAACUGAGCUGCUCCAAGAACGAGAAGGAGCUGGAAGAGUUGCUUCUGGAAGCCAGCCAGGAGUCAGGACAGGAGACACUGUGACGCCUGAGAUCUUUCUCUGGUCAGGCUUCGAGGACCUGAGACCCCGCCCUGUGCCCGGGAUCCAGACGCCCUCCAUUCGGGCUCUCCAGGAUGGGGGCCCGUCCUGGGCCAGCGGCCCCCAGGGCUGGGGGAAGCAGGCGCCUGAGGAAACACUACGAGGGACCCCUGGGAAGCAGAUCCGCCCCCCUUCCUUCCCCGGAUCCCCGGAUCCCCUCUAAGCACCUCUAUUUAUUUCCCCCUCCCCUCUCUGAGGAAGGACCAGAGACUGGGACGAGCAGGCCCAGGGGGUGGAAGGAGGUGGGUUCUCUCAGGGAGGCCCGGGGAGGGAGGUGUGCACAACUUGGGUCGGCCCCAGGGGGCAGGGACAGCACACGGUACCGACAAGCGUCAGACCGGGGGAGAGAGAGGCCCUGGGCCAAGGGGCACAUGGAGCCGGAGAGGGGCCCGAGGGGCUGACGAGGAGAGCUCUCUUUACUCAAGUGCAAUAAAUUUAUCAGGGAGCUCGGAGGUGUCCAGGUGGCGCCCGGGGGUCGGAGGGGUUCCCUGGCAGCGGCGGGGAGCCCGCUUCUUGGCAUUCCGCCUGGAGAUAGGCCUCAGAGAGAGGAAUCGGGGUGGGGGCAGGGCAGACCCCAGUGGGGCCCCUCCUCUCCCUGUGGCACACAUCUCUGGUCAGACUUUUUUCUAUUAAACGCC